AUGACCUAUGCAACUUACAACCAUUCGACUUUACAACCACAAUCGCUAGCCACGACUGCUCAGCGUCUGGCAGCGCAAACGUUGCCCAGCUGGGCGUACAACAGUGCGGACCAGCUUCCGGCGCUCGAUCGGCCGGAGGAAGGACACAGGGCCCGGAGACUGGCAGAAAUUGCCCGCAAGAGAAGGCUUAGGCGGCCGAAGCCCUCCGCCAUAGCAGGACUUGGGAAGCACCGCCCCCAGCGCACCUCCCCACACCCGGAUAACCAGCGAACCUCUGCUUUCGACACCCUCUAUCCCCAGCAGAGGCAGCGGAGAAGACAAGGCCGGGAAGCACCCGGCUGGGUUGCGCACCAGGCCCAGGCCUGUCCCUGGGGACCGCGCGGGCCGCCCGAAUCCGCUCCCCCGUCGGGCCCGAAUCUGCUCGGCCGUGAGCACCUCGUAGCGGUAAUCCUCCUCCUGCUCGUGCCCCGGCCCGCCGCCACCGCCGCCACCGCCGCCGCCGCCGCCACCGCCGGGCCCCAGAGCGCUGCCGCCGCCACCGCCCGUCUCCCCGCACAGCAGUCCGUCCCGCUCCCCGCCGACGCCCAACCCGGGCUCCACCAGCUCCACCUCGCCCAGAUCCAGGUUAUCGUCGUCCGGCUCGUCGUCGUCUUCGUCCUCCUCCUCCUCGGCGCCGCUGUCCUCCUCACUGCACUCCUCGUCCUCGUCGAACUCGUAGUUGUAGCCCUCGUCCGAGUCCAUGGCGCGACGCGCGGACGCCCGGCGGACGCUGGCCGAGGCGGGGAGAGGGCGGGGACGCCGAGGCCCCGGCUCUCGCUCCGGCUCCGGCUAAUGUCCGGACGCAGGCCUGGCUCCGGCCCCACGGGCCGCGGCGCCUCCCCAGGAGCGGCGGCUGGCGGCUGGUGGCGGCGGGGAGGGAGCGGAGGAGAGAGGGAGGGAGCGAGGGGGCCGCUUGCUGCCCGCCUCAGUCAGUCGCGGCUCCGCUCCGGGCUCCGAGAAGAAACAGUCCCCAGCGCCACCUCCACGGCCGCUGCUAUCGCUACUGAGCCAACAAAGGGGCGUGCGUCACCGCGUCGCGCUGCGCCGUCGCGUCACUCUUUUUUGCGUCACUGCGCCCCGCCCCGCCGCCCCUGCGUGGAGUGCGAGGAGACCCCACGGUCCGGUCUUCCUGGGCCUUGGACCGGAGCAGAGCUGCGCGGAAAUUGCGUUCCCGGUUCGUUCCGCUGCGGCUGUGUGGGCUGGGCGGAAACCCGUAGACCUUUCAUGUGAAGAGAUUGCGGUCUCCAGGUCACCAGUCACCGAGAGAGGGACCCCUGGCCGUCUAGGUGGUGGUUUUUGCCAUAGGCCCUCACGUAGUCCCGUGGGGAUGCGGCCUUCCCACCCGGCCGUAAAGGCGCUUCCAGCCGCCCUGCGGUAAUCCCGGGAAGCCCUCAGCCGCUAAAAUUUCUGUUCCCUUGCCUACUGAUGGAAACCUCUUGUCUGCAGAUCAGACAAAGUUUGGCUGAUCUUGGCUGGAUUUGUCUACGUUUGGCUGGGCAAAGCUGGACUCCAAUCUUUGAUCAAGUUUGUGUCUGCUUCACAUGUCUUCAUCAUUCUAUGACAAGUUGCCUACCUGAGAUACAUUCCUCCCACAGUGGGUGACAGAAGUACAAGAGAGACAAAGGCCCAGGAACAGCCUGAAAGAGCCUCUGAACUGAGGCCACUUGAAGUAAGGAGGCAGCAGUAAUUCUGCCAUGACAAAAUUCACCUGGUUGGAAGAGGGGCAUGAAGAAAAGGGUUUUCUAAGGCAGGAUCAAAUUUAGAGAUUUCAUCUUAGACCUUGGCCCUUCAUUUUUAGCAGGUGAUACUGUAGUCACUGGACCAAACCCC